GUGUCUCAGAAGAAGAAAAAAAAACAAGUAUAAGUUCUCACCGGUAUCUUAAACAUCAAGUAAAACAGUAUCGAGUAAAACAAAAAACUAAAAACUCCAAAAGUCAAAAACACUUUUAAAAAGAACAUGGUGUUAAGAGUAGUUUGUUCAGUUUCCCCAUAGAAAAUGAUUUAUGGAAGGAGAAUAAAAGAUUAUUCUGAACACUAAAACAAUAAGACUGAAAAAAUGAAUUAUCAGUAUUGAGAAUCCAAUAGACAGAGUUAACCAGUUGGAUACAGUACAAGAGAGAAUAAGUGAACUGGAAGAUAGCUACACAGAAUGAAGCAUAGAAGGGAAGAGAUGGAAAUUCACAAAGCUAGAGGGUAAAACAUUGAUGCUACAGACAGAACACCUAACAUGCUUCUGGAGUUCUGUAAGAUUAGAGGAGAGAAAAUAGAGCAAGAGAAAUGUUGCAAGGAUUUUUCCAAAAGGUAUAAAAUGUAUCCCUGAAUAUAUUUUUAGUAAUCUCAAACUUCAGGCAUGAUAACUAAAACCAAAUUAACAUAAAAUAAUACAGGACACCAAAGACCAAUAGAAAAUCUGAAAAGUAGCUAGAGGUAGAAGAUAGAGUAUGUUGAAAAGAACUGUAUUCUAAAUACAACCUGAUUUUAACAGAAAACAUGGAAGCAGGAAUUCAAUGGAAUCAUGGGAAUCAUGUCUUCAAUGUGUUUCCAAAGAGUAGUAGACCUUCAUAAACAGAAAUUGAAAAUGAUAUUUUUCAGAUAAAAUAAAAUUACUGAAAAUACAAAGUUGAACACGCAAGGAGCAAUACAAAUUAAUGACAAUCCAUGCUGGCUAACACGGUGAAACCCCGUCUCUACUAAAAAUAAAAAAAAAAUUAGCCUGGCGUGGUGGCGGGCACCUGCAGUCCCAGCUACUCCGGAGGCUGAGGCAGGAGAAUGGCUAAACCCGGAAGGCGGAGCUUUCAGUGAGCAGAGAUCAUGCCACUGCACUCCAGCCUGGGUGACAGGGAGACUAUGUCUCAAAAAAAAAAAAAAAAAAAAUUAAUGACAAUGAAAACUAAGUGUGUAAUUCUAAAUAAAUGUUGACUAUAUAAAACAAUAGUGUCUUCUUGGAUUGAAUGUAUAAUUGAUAAGAUAUAUGCAAAUAGCAAUAAAGAGGUUGGAGAUAAAGGUAACAGGAAUAAAUUUAGUCAAACUGUGUUUUGGGCUUUUCUAUGUCUGUGAGAAGAAUUUGAACAUCAUAAUCAAGGACCCUGUAAUUCUACACCCAGAUAUAUAUACACAGAGGAAUUGUAGCAAAUGAUAUGUGAAAGAAUGUUCAUUGUAGCAUUAUUCAUAAAAGCUCAAAAAAUAAGCUGUCCAAAUAUAUAUCAAAUAAGGAUGGAUAAAUAAUUACAGUAAAAUCAAAAAAUGAAAAAAAUACAGAGAAGUGAAAAGAAAUGGAUCACAUGUACAUGCAAUGAUGGGGUUAAAUUUUGGAUACAAAAUGUUGAUUCCAGGAAGCCAUGAAUAAGAACAUAUAGGAUUGCACCUAUACACAGAUCAAAUCAGGCCAAACCAAGCUAUUGAGUUUAGGGUCGAAUACCUUAUUGGUAAAGUAUAAAGAAUAUUAAAAAAAGACCAUCAUAAAUUAGGGAUGUUGCUUAUCACAGGAGACAUGAAGAAAGGUGUAGGGAAUUAGAAAGUGGCAUUGAGGUAAACUUAGGCUCUUAGCAAUGUUCCAUGUCUUGCCCUACAUGAUGGUUACAUGAGUGUUUAUGACACAUUGCUAUGUUUUCCAUUUUUGUUUUGGUUCAUUUCUAAGUGUGCAGUCUAGCUAUACGAUAAAAAUUAUUAAUUAGGAGAAAUGGUCCAUGAAAAUUAUUAUUACUCUGCUCAUUAUAUACUGAAGGGAAAAAUCCACUAUUUGUAUACAUUCAUGUGUAACUCUAAGAGAUUUUAAGUAGAAACUUUCUGAUUUUAGUUGCAACUUUAGGAAACUUGACAUGAUGUUACCUCCCAACCACAGAUUUCUGAAUAGGUUUUUCUUUUAGGUUUAAUUACCCACUUCAUAUGACAAAACUUGGACAUUCUCUAUUUUUUCCUUGGAUCCUGAAUUCCUGACACAACAAUGGUGGGCAUAUUUCCCACACUCCUGGUUUAGCAGAAUACCUACAUCACUUAUGUUUUUCUGCAAGAGAAAACUGAGUUAGAUAAUUGUGUAUCAUUAUGUCUUUGGAUUACAUUUUUCUAACCUAGGUUUGGUGGAUGGCUCUGGUGAUUGGAGAUGGGCCACGUACUGCAUCUUGCCGCUAGUUUGGCUGAUUUAGGGUAGAUAAGGCAGUGGCAUUCUGACUCCAUUAGUUUCUCUUUCUUCUUCUGGGAACAGUGUGUUAGCCAGAUGAUGUCCUCAUGGUUAGUGGAAAAGAGCAGGAAACUUCAAUAUGGAAGCCAUCUUAAAUCUCUGUAAAUUCUACUAAUUUCCUGUUGACUGAAGCAAAUUACGUGAGUGAAUUCAGAGUCCAAGGUCAAGGUAGUCACCCUGCCUGAGGUGGGAGGGUACUGCAGGAUUAUGUGACAAAGAGUAGGGUACUUAGAAAUAUUUACAAAAUUGCUGAACAUUUUAAUUAAAUAAUUAAUGUUUAAACAAAACAGACUUGAGUGUAAAUAUACCAAAGGCCUAAGCUUCAGAAACAUGUUUGAUAAAUAUUAUUCAUUGUCUGACAGCCCUGAGUUGGAAAAUAAGACUAAUACCACCUGGAUGAGUUCCUGGAAACUCAUUUUCCAUUUGGGGAAUUAUAAGAAAAUAAUUCCUUCCAUCCCCUAAGGGUGUGAGUGCAUGUGUGUCUAUGUGUUUAGGAGCUUAUUAACAAUGAUGUCAUAUCAAUUUAUUGGUUAUCAGAAACCAGAUUUUAAAGUGUAUCAGCCUCCCAGGGAUUUCCAAGAUAAUCUUGGAUGAUUUUGAUAAAAGGUUUAGAAUCUGGUAUUUAAAUCUGGCAUAAAAAUAAGUCCAUAUUGGUAUGAUCCUAGUUAUGACCAAGCUCCUUUAACAAUUUAGACAUUUACUAUAUGAUAUAUGUAUUGGGUUUUACAAUUUCCCUAUGGAACAACUGAAGAUGCUGUAUACAAAUUAUGGAGAGGUUAAACAAGGAAAAAAAUUGCAAAACAAUGAAAAAUAAUAUGCCUUUCUUUGCAUACUAACACAUGAGAAUUCAAUUUUCCACUUCAACCUCAGUAUAAAAAAGUACAACAUAUAGCAAGGAGAGAAUGUAUAUGAAGAGGAGUGAAUUUGAGCUGUUUUGAGAAUAAUGACCUUUUCUAUUUCUAUAAAGACAGGUUUGAAUUCAUCUAUUAGCAUAUGUUGGUGCUUUCCUGUUGACACUAGUCACUGAAUUUAAAGGCAGAAAAUGUUAUUGCACAUUUAGUAAUCAAGUGUUUAUCGAAGUUAAUGUUUGGAUAUUAAGGGUAUCAGAACCAGUGUUAUUAAGACUGCAAUUUUUUUCUUUUUGUCUGUUCAAACAUGGUAUAUUUUCUGCUCAUCAUUUUAUCAAUUCUGGUAGUGUUUGCAUUUGUUCUUGGAAAUUUUUCCAAUGGCUUCAUAGCUCUAGUAAAUGUCAUUGACUGGGUUAACACACGAAAGAUCUCCUCAGCUGACCAAAUUCUCACUGCUCUGGUGGUCUCCAGAAUUGGUUUACUCUGGGUCAUGUUAUUCCUUUGGUAUGCAACUGUGUUUAAUUCUGCUUUAUAUGGUUUAGAAGUAAGAAUUGUUGCUUCUAAUGCCUGGGCUGUAAUGAACCAUUUCAGCAUCUGGCUUGCUGCUAGCCUCAGCAUAUUUUGUUUGCUCAAGAUUGCCAAUUUCUCCAACCUUAUUUUUCUCCACCUAAAGAAGAGAAUUAAGAGUGUUGUUCUGGUGAUACUGUUGGGGCCCUUGGUAUUUUUGAUUUGUAAUCUUGCUGUGAUAACCAUGGAUGAGAGAGUGUGGACAAAAGAAUAUGAAGGAAAUGUGACUUGGAAGAUCAAAUUGAGGAAUGCAAUACAGCUUUCAAACUUGACUGUAACUACUCUAGCAAACCUCAUACCCUUUACUCUGAGCCUAAUAUGUUUUCUGCUGUUAAUCUGUUCUCUUUGUAAACAUCUCAAGAAGAUGCGGCUCCAUAGCAAAGGAUCUCAAGAUCCCAGCACCAAGGUCCAUAUAAAAGCUUUGCAAACUGUGACCUCCUUCCUCAUGUUAUUUGCCAUUUACUUUCUGUGUAUAAUCACAUCAACUUGGAAUCUUAGGACACAGCAGAGCAAACUUGUACUCCUGCUUUGCCAAACUGUUGCAAUCAUGUAUCCUUCAUUCCACUCAUUUAUCCUGAUUAUGGGAAGUAGGAAGCUAAAACAGACCUUUCUUUCAGUUUUGUGGCAGAUGACAUGCUGAGUGAAAGAAGAGAAACCCUCAACUCCAUAGAUUCACAAGGGGAGCAUCGUGUGUCUUCUAGCAGAAAACAAAUUGAUGGCGUCUGGAACAUUUUAUAUUUCUAUCAGUUUUUCCAUAGUGUUUGUAUGUGAGUAAUUUCAAAACAGAUACCUAGAAAAGUCAUAUAUAUAUUUAUGGGUGUAUAUGUGUGCAUGUGUGUGAAUAACAACGUUGACCAUAAAUUAUGAAGCUGAGUAUAUUUCACAUAUAUAGUAUGUAUAUUUUAUUAUAGUUCAUUGUAUAGUAUUUCAUUUGAAGAAUUUAUUAUCUCUAUUUAUAAUUAAGAACGUACAGCUUUUAUGAAGAAAUCAUUUCUCUUUUCCAUUGUAAUUUGUACCACAUAUAUGUGCUUAACUAUCAUUGGUGAACCUCUAAUUUUUUGGAUGGUAAAGACAUUCAAUUUUAAAUCAAUGAUAAGAAUGGAUCUUUGGGGUAGGUUUUGUUUCAUUAUGAAUUCUUAUUUUAUGCUUAGUAGAAAGCAAAUAGAAUUGUUGUUAGUUAAUGAUGCACACAAUAAAAUUGGAGUGAAAAACA